AGAGCGGAGCUGCUGAUUCGUUCACCAGUCAGUGUUCUUCCCAAUUCUCUUCCUCUACUCCCUCGCAGCUUCCAGACACACCCUCCUGAUUGAUCUGACCUGGCCCAAUCAUUUCCAUCUCUUCCUUCUCUCCUUGCUGUAUAAAUCCCCUGUCGAAGCUUCUCGCGCUUGCUACCAAACUUCAACCACCCAAAUAUAAUAAGAUCCUCCAUCUCCUGCUUAUAGUGCCAGAGUCAUUCCACUUCCAGGACUGACUGACCUCGAACCUAGCUGGGUUCUUAUGGCGACCGGCGCGGAGAAGCAGGUGAUGGUGGUGGGGAUCGACGAGAGCGACCAUAGCCUGUACGCCCUCAGGUGGACGAUCGAUCGCUUCUUCGCCCCUUUCUCCCCCAACCCACCCUUCAAGCUCGUCCUCGUCCACGCCAAACCCCACCCCGCCAAGGCCGGCCUCCACGGACCUGCUACCGCGGAGGUGAUUACGUAUAUAGACAAGGAUUUGAAGGUGAUGUCAGCAAGAGUUACAAAGAAGGCUAAGGGUAUUUGUUCUCGUAGAUCGAUUCAAGAUGUGACAGUUGAAGUUGUGGAAGGUGAUCCGAGGACUGUUCUCUGUGAGUCCACGGAGAGGCACCGCGCAUCGGUCCUUGUUGUUGGUAGUCGUGGGUAUGGUGCUAUAAAAAGGGCGGUAUUGGGCAGUGUGAGUGAUUACUGUGCUCAUCAUGCUCGUUGCACGGUGAUGAUCGUGAAGAAGCCGAAUAUCAAAAAUUGAGGCACUGCUUCAGUAAGAUUUCCUCAUAGUUUGCUACACAUGUAUGUGUCUUGUAGAUAUUGUCCGGUUUAUGUAACUUCGUGUGCUAUUCUAUGAUUGAAUCGUUCGUCUGUGUAAUGCUACUGCAAGCACGAAAGUCAUUGAAUUAAAUGCAUGCUUAUAGUAACACCACAGGCGAACAGUGUGUUAGAAUCCUCUUGUUGCUGAGAAUCCAUGAGCUUUUAUGUGAUGAUCCUUUGUAAAAAAAAAAAGCAAAUGUAUAUUUUGAUGUAAAAUCAGUAGAUACUCUCAAUGGAAGGCGACUUGGGUUAGAGCAUGGAGCUUAAGUUAGACUAUAGUCAUGUUCAUGAGGCGCGAAGAAUUUAGUAUGAUCUUCCGGUCAAUAAAUCAGUCCUGUUCGUGUGC